GAGGAACAUUAAAUGUACAUUCUUGAGCCCAAAGAACAAAAACAAUGCUCACGCGAACAUAAAACCAUCACACUUUGUGAGAUUUUCCCCAAAAUUAUUCCACAAUUCACAAAUCCUAACCCUAGAAACCGACUUCUCACUCAAUUCUCAAAUCAAAAUCCCCAAUCAAGUUCCCGAAAAUGGUGUGCAUAAGAAAAGCAACAGUGGAUGAUCUUCUCCAGAUGCAAGCCUGCAAUCUUCUCUGUUUACCAGAAAAUUACCAGAUGAAGUACUACCUUUACCACAUCCUUUCGUGGCCGCAACUUCUCUAUGUCGCGGAAGAUUACAACGGAAAAAUUGUCGGUUAUGUUUUGGCAAAAAUGGAGGAAGAAAGCUCGGAGUGCCAUGGACAUAUAACUUCUCUCGCUGUUCUUCGCACUCAUCGGAAAUUAGGUUUAGCGACCAAAUUAAUGUCGGCAGCUCAAGCUGCCAUGGAACAAGUUCAUGGUGCUGAAUAUGUUUCUCUUCAUGUUAGGAAGAGUAACCGUGCUGCUUUUAGAUUGUAUACUGAAACUUUAGGGUAUCAGAUUCAUGAUAUUGAAGCCAAGUAUUAUGCUGAUGGUGAAGAUGCGUAUGAUAUGAGGAAGCAGUUGAAGGGGAAACCUGUACAUGGUCAUGGACAUCAUGGCCAUGGCCAUGGCCAUGGGCAUUCACAUCAUCAUCAUCAUGGUGGAGAAUGUUGCUCAAGUGGAAGUGGGCAAGGUGGAAAGUAAAUUGAGACUUGAGAGUGAGUUAGAGAGGUAAAAUUGAUCUGGUAACUUUAAUUGGAGUGAUUACUAUGGACAAAUUACGUAUUGCUUCUAUAUUUUUGUUGUAAUGGGAUUUUUUUAUACAGACUUGAUUAGUUUUAUGCUCA